AUGUUGGCUGGAAAUAAUUUUGCUGAAAUUUCCUUUGUUAAAGCUUUUCUCCAUGACUCCUUCAAAAUCAAAGAUUUAGGGAACCUUAGAUACUUUCUUGGCAUUGAAGUUGUUAGAUCUUCCAAAGGCAUUUUAAUUAAUCAACGAAAAUACACCUUGGAGCUUUUGGAAGAAUCUGGCCAGCUUGCCACUAAGCCAUCUAAAACCCCCUAUGAUCCUUCCCUUAAGCUCAAUUGUCCCGAUUCUCCUAUUUAUAAGGAUGAAACCCAAUACAAAAGGCUUAUUGGCAGGCUCCUUUAUUUAACCACUACUAGACCGGACAUCUCCUUUGUCGUCCAACAACUUAGCCAACAUGUUUCCAAAUCUCAAGUUGUUCACUUCAAAGUUGUUAUCCGUGUUCUAUAA